AUGCUACCAGACGCGCGCGCCGAAGCUGCGAUCCCGGGCAACCCGGACAUGGGCGGCAACGAGCCACGUGGCGCGUCCCUGGCACCCACCGGCGGCCUCCGUGGAAACAGCGGCGAUAACGCUGUUGACGGCUCCGAAACCCUUCGCGGAUCACUGGAGGCACUCGGAGCUGUUCCUUCGGCGGCGACGGAAGGGAAGAAGGAGGAGCGGGGCGAGGGCGAAGGUGACGGAGAUCUGCCGCCCUGCGAUUGCUGCCCGCUGUGCAUGCACAUCCUGUACGACCCCGUCACGACACCGUGUAGCCACACGUUUUGCGGCCGCUGCUUCCGCCGCUGGGCUGACGUCAGCAACCGAGGACGCAACGGCCUGCGGCGCCCCGCCACGUCGGGCGUUCCGGCUGGUGAACGCGGCGGCGGCGGUGGCGGCGAUAGCAACGGACCCACGGGUCAGGCAUUGCGGCUGUUUGACACGGCAACGGUGCUGGCGGGCGGCGCGCCGCCGUCGGCCGGCGCCGCUAUCUCGUGUCCCCUGUGCCGCAGCCUGGUGCCCGCGGAUAUGCCUGGGAACACCCGGCGGGCCGCGGAGGUUCAGGCACGCCAUCCCGCCUCGUACGCGACCCGCGGGUCGGAAAUCGCUGAGGAGGCCGCGCAGCUCGCCUCCCUGCGGUCCUUCGCAAAGAAGCUCUACGUGGGCAACCUGCACAGCUUUCUCGCACCCGGCGAGCAGGCGAGCAAGCGAAUUGACCAGAUCUGUACCAACCAGAUCUACCUCUCGCACGCCGCAUCUUCGGCCUCCGAUUCCGACGUGUCGAGUUGUACGUCUCGAAGCGCCUCCCACCGAAACACACACGACUGGACUUUCUUCAUUGGCAUGGAUAGCGCAGAAGACGAAAGUGAGUUCAUCGAGCGAGUGGUCGUACACCUGCAUCCGACCUUCAGUCCGUCCGUAAUCGUGCUGACCGAGCCGCCCUUCCAGGUCCGGAGAGUGGGGUGGGGCAUCUUCGUGGUGCGAGCUGAGGUGCACUUCCAGGAGCGGUGGAACCACCCCCCCGUGUGGUGCAGGUGGCUGCUGGACUUCGACGGAGAUGGGGACAUGGAAUUCGAUGGGGCGGCGGUGGGGGCGGCGGCGGCGGGGGCGGCGGUGGCCCGGAUGGGGAGCCACCUGGCGGCACGCUCGGUGCCGGGACUGCUGGCGCUGCCGUCAGCUGCCGGUGUUACGGAGCCUUCAGCGGGAGGACCCGACGCCGGGGGCAGCAGCCAGGAGGCAGCGACGGCGACGGCGGCUGCAGGAACUGGACCGGCGACCCCUGCGACGCCGGCGGCGCUAAUGGGGCGUCGCAGCAGCACUGCCGAGCCGGCGAGCGCAACGGACGGUGACGGGGACAGCAGGGGCGGCAACGACACCGCCCAGGCAGCUGCUGGUGGCGGCGGCGACGGUGGCGGCGAGUCCAGGGGCCUGUUAGCCAGGUCGCUGUGGAUGGCACCGACACUGCGGGACUUGCUGGAGGCGGCGGCGUCCAGGGUUCGCGGCGGUGGCGGCGGUGUAUCUGCGACGCCGCCGGCAGCCAGACGACAGGUCGACAGUACUGCGCCCGCCUCUAACAACGAGGGCCUGGCCGACGGCACUAUUCGUGCAGCCGGCGGUGACCCCGCCAGUACGACCCGACCCGCAAGUCAUGGUGGUGCUUGCGGCAGCAGCGCUGCUGCUAUCGGUUCCGUACGUGUCAGGGGAGAGGGAAAUGCGCUGGCGGCGGCGGCCGGGCCCGGGAACGGCGGCAGCCGCUGGCCGCCGGGGGUACGCGGCGGAGCGCCGUCAGCAGCGAUGGCCCCGGGAAACGCCGCAGAGUCCACCAUGGAUGUCGGCCACCAGGGCGUGAUUUUCAGCGACAGCGAAGAUGAGGAGCGCGAGGACAAUGACGAGCGUGACGAGAUGGACGGCAAUAUGUGGGUAAACCUCGCAUAUUCUGGCGGUGGCAGUGACGGCAGCACCAGCCGCAGCAGCGGUGACGACAUCGGCGAGAGCAGCGACGGCGAGGCUGGCGGCGGCCACGGCAGCGGAUUAUCCUGGGGCUGUUGGCGAUGA